CUGAAGGCACACCUGACAGUUCAUACGAAGGAAAAGCCAUAUUCAUGUUCUGAGUGUGGAAAGCGUUUUUCACUGCCACAAACUCUAUAUGUUCAUCAGAAAACACAUACUGGUGUGAGAGAGUACAUGUGCUUUCAGUGUGAAAAGACUUUUACUUCAGCAAACUAUUUAAAACAGCACCAGAGAAUUCACACCGGAGAAAAGCCUUACAAGUGUUCACACUGUGACAAGAGAUUCAUUCAGUCAGAAAAUCUGAAAACACAUGAGAGGAUCCACAGUGAAGACAAACCAUACAAGUGUUCACACUGUGACAAGAGAUUCAGACAGCCAGCAUAUCUAAAAGCACACGAGAUGAUCCACAGCGGAGAGAAGCCGUACACGUGUGAUCAAUGUGGGAAGUGUUUCGCUAUGAAAAGUUACCUGAAGAUACACAAAAAGAUCCAUGCAGUGGAGAAACCAAGUCAACACAAUCUGAAAUCACAAUGCUCUGUCGUUGUGAAAAGUAUUUGGCGCGUUUUUUGAUCAUCUACAGUUGGAGGCCGAUGACGUCACUGCUCACGCGUCCUUCCCCUCAUUUAGUUAGUGUGGAGUCCGCUGAG